UGGUUGGAGCCUGUGGUUGGCUUGAACAGUGACAGCUACCACGAUUGCUGUCUGAGGAAGGACUUUUCGUAGCCACUAUGUGGAAUGGGAGGAUUGUGACACUGGAUUGCGAACGAGGGGAAGUAGGAAAAUGACUGACUGGUGUUGGAUUUUGUGUAGCUGCGCCAGUCAGAGCCAAAUAGGCAAGGACGUGGAAUGAGAACAUGAACAUAAGGACUCGGUAGCGUGAGGAGACUUUUCAUUUCUGGUGGAAAAGGUGGGUGAAAUAGGGUGUACAAAGUGAAUGCUGUUCCGGUUGAAGUGCAAUGCUGAUGCCAGUGGUAACCGUAGCCAAUGUGAAUUGUGAUGAAGUCAAUACAGCAUCAGUCGGUAAUCAGCUUCUACUGUUUCUGGCUGUGCCAUUGCGGGAAAUCUGGACAGCCGAAGUCAGUUUAUCAGGAACUAUCGAGCAAGCGGCACGGAUCUAUGAACUUGUGCUUGGCAAAUGUCUUCGGAGUGUACAAGUUCCACGGAGUGUCGGAUAUGUUUUAGUGAAUUUGUGUCAGUGGAAAAUUGAUAUCACUUGAUAGAGUUUUGUGCCGUAACUACAAAACAUCGACACCAGUCAUAAUUCGUUCGUUUACCAAAUUGGCAUUGGAAAUACAAUUGAUUAGUUAGUGUUGUGUUGAUCCGCAAUAUAAAUAUUUUAGUGCUGUGAUUACUCGAAACUCUGCAUAGUUUAGAAUAGUUAUUAAAUAUUUAUCCACGUUGGAUUUCAAAUUUGUGUGGCAACCACGAAGAAUGGGAACAGGUGACAGACUACUCGACAUUCCAUGCAAAGUAUGCGGAGAUCGAAGCUCAGGAAAACAUUAUGGCAUCUAUAGUUGUGAUGGUUGCUCCGGAUUCUUCAAACGAAGCAUUCACCGAAAUCGAGUGUACACAUGUAAGGCUGCCGGCGAACUAAAAGGACGCUGUCCGGUAGACAAGACCCAUCGUAAUCAAUGCCGCGCAUGCAGGCUAUCCAAGUGCUUCCAAUCAGCGAUGAACAAAGAUGCGGUGCAACAUGAACGUGGACCAAGAAAACCAAAACUGCAACACCUUCAGCAAAACGGAAGUCAUCCUCAUCACCUUGGAGGUCCAUUCGUGAAUACAUCUUCGUACACCCACAUGCCGCACUUUACAAACAUGCACCAUGCUGGCAUGCAACCGAACUCCAUGCUGCAUCAUCCGCAGCCUCUAUCUUUUGCACCACUUGGUCAUCACAUCCCGCCAACUCUUCUGUCACACGUAAAACUAGAGCAAACCAAAUUUGAAUUUUCAUCUGCCAACAACUCGCAAAUGCCAUCCAAUUUGCUGCAUCCCGUCAAGAUGGAACAGACAAGGCUGGCAUCGUUCGACUUUUCACCGUCGGGUCAACGAUUUUAUAAACCUCUGGAACAACUACCCCCAUCUCCAACAAAUUCCAAAAGUUCAAUCAGCGUCGAUUCCCCGUCCGAAAGUAUGACCAGUCCCCAGCCAUCAACGGUAGACUGCGGUUCCAGCGUCCUUAGUCCAACACCAAUCAAUGCCAGUAAUCUAAGUCUUCCAUCACCACUUUCUCAGAAUGGUGUGUUGGAUAUUCUUAUGGGCUCCGACAAAUGCCAAGAGUUCCUGCAAUAUCAAAUCCACAACAACAAUUUAAUGUUCCCGAAUUUCAACCCCUCGGAAGCAGGCGGACCAAUACCACCACCUCCUCCUCCUCCACCGCCAUUGAUUCCUCAUCCAACGGUGUUACCUCCCGGCAGUCCAGGAUUACGGCUACCAACGUGGGAAAUUUUACAGGAAACCACUGCACGAUUACUGUUUAUGUCCGUCCGAUGGGUACGCUGCCUAAUUCCCUUCCAAACGCUGUCGAAGAAUGAUCAGCACAUGCUACUUCAGGAGUCGUGGAAAGAACUGUUCCUUCUGAAUUUUGCCCAGUGGAGCGUCCCGUGGGAUCUCAGUGCACUGCUGGAGAGUCCUCAAGUUCGGGAUCGAUUACCUCAGGAUCCGGCAACGCACAUGGAGAUAAAAACUAUGCAGGAAAUUUUGUGCCGUUUCCGGCAGAUUUCCCCUGACCUCAGUGAGCUCGGUUGCAUGAAGGCGGUAAUACUCUUCUCUCCAGAAACCUCGGAGCUUUGUGAUGUUCAACCGGUGGAAAUGUUGCAGGAUCAGGCCCAAUGUGUCCUAUCGGAUCAUGUAAGAGUCCGGUAUCCACGGCAACCGACGCGCUUCGGUCGACUACUGCUACUGCUACCAUUAUUGCGUACGAUUCGUUCCACGACCAUAGAGACACUGUUCUUCAAAGAAACGAUUGGCACCGUGCCCAUCUCCCGUCUUCUGAUCGAUAUGUAUCAGAUGGAAAAGUACACAGACCUGGAAUCUAGCUCAGCUGGAGCCCACAAUGUCGCUUCUCUCGUCAAACCUUAGUCAUUCCUCUACGGGACACACGAUUCGUACGAGACCAGCUAUACAAAUUUUUAAUUUGAAAAAACACCCAGAAAAUAUGUUAUCUUCUCAUUUUUCUCUGCUGUAUGUGCCCCCGACCACACAAUCGCCACGACAUGUGUUGCGAAAGUGAAAGCGUGGAAAGUUCGACAUGUUCAAGAGAGCAACAAGGGAAAAAAUGUUUUCCCGAAACGCCGCGGGAUAUUUGAGUUGAAAUAUCCCAGUGAACUGUGCAGAAUCUCACUCGAUGACGCGUCUCAUACCCCCGUCGAUUACUUUGCGGGCGAAAAACAGCACCGCUUUUGCCACAUAACAAACGACAGUCUCAAAAUCAAAUCCUGUAGAUGCGCGGAAUCAUCUACCAGUUGCUCAGCUUGAGGAGAAAAUCCUGUGGUCAGACUUACUGCUGUUCGCAGAGUGAUUUUUUUUUCUCCUCUCGCUAUCCAAGACUUUUGUUGGCACAGUCGAGAAGAAAAGCAAUUCGCCUUCAUGGAUAUUAUUUUUUAAUUCCUAACGCAAACAUAAUCUUCGUUGUCAGUUUUACGGAGAAUGGUGCAGUAAAAUGUACAUAUAUAGAUGAAUCAAAAUUUAUACAAAAAUCAUUACCAAAGAAGAAGAAUCAAGAAUCCAACAAUCCUACACUUUAUUUUAAUUUUUGUAUAUUUAUUUUAUUGUUCACAGCCAGUUCCAUUCAGUGAUGCAACUCUAGUUAAACAAUCAUUCGAAUACAAACAAUAAAUGGUAAUAUUGAAAUUUAACUAUAAUAUAGACGCCGAUUGUAUGACAAAUAAAACUAUGGCAAUUUGUUAACGUUGUAGUGAAUUUAUAAUAUACAUGCCAAUAUUCAACCUUAUAAUAAUGUAUCGAGAAAUGCUGUAAUCAAAAUAUUGUCACUGUGUAAAAUAAAUCUAUCAAACGAA